AUGCUCAAGACGAUGAGGAAAAUGCCCAAGAUGCUGCAGGACCAAGCAGGCGGUACCCAGGAGGCAGGGGAUGCUCAAGAUGCAGGAAAUGCGCAAGAAGCCGACAACACUCAAAAUGAGGACAAUGCUCAAGAGGAUGCAGCCGAUACGGCGGACGCUGAGGCUGAAAACAACAACAAUGAUAAUAAUGCUCAGCAAGACGAGCAGGUUGCCCAGGGAAAUGCAGAAAAUGCAGAAAAUGUCCAGCAAAAUGAGUCAGGCGGUGCUGCGGGUGCCCAGGAUGAGGCGGCCACAGGAGAAGCGACGGGAGCUAACACCACGGGCGACAAUGGGGGUGGCGUCAAUCUCUUCGAUUUGGCAAUGCAAGGUUUCCAGCCUGUUGACUGUACGGGUAUUGACGAGGCCGUCGUUGCCGCGAGUGGAUUCAACUGCAUCGGUGGGACUCGUGGUGCUUAG